AUGUCUCUGCACGAGGGUUCAUACGAUGAUGCGCUAGAACUCCCCCGGUUUGCUGUACGAAAUCCGACCCAUCCACAGAUGGACGACUCCCGCUUUGACAACUCCCGCUUCGACUACUACGAUGACCGGAGGCCUGCUGGCUCUCUCUCCCGCACCCAGUCCCAGCAUUACCAAUCACAUCCCCAGAGCCUCCAAUCGCACGCGCCUCACCAGCAGCAACAGCAACAGCAACAGCAGCCCCAGCAGCCAGAUAUUGAGCGCUUGUCUGACCCGACACGUCCCCUCUAUUACCCAUAUGACCCAUAUGCACAGGCACAAGAGCACAUCCGACGCCCAUCGUACAACUCGUCUGAUCCAUAUGCACCACCCGACGCAAAGCCCCCUCCUUCCCCCCAGUUCCAGUACCCCAUCGACCAGCGCUUUGCCGCCCCCCGUGCCCCCUCUGCAUCGACCCCGGGCACCCCCAUGACCUCCUCUUACCAGCGCCAGUUCUACAGCCCAAAGCCCCGCCAGGGGUUCAGGCAUGUCCGAGACCCCAAGGACCUCCAGCCCCGCGUCAAUCCUGUUCCUCCCGGACGCAGAUUCGCCGAUGGUGCUUAUCUGAGCCCCUUGCGUGCACUGACCACCCACCUCACACAAACCUACCAUAUCUGCAACCCCGAGUUCCGAUACGAAUCCACCCACAAUCCUCGUCGCGUACUCACAAAGCCGAGUAAACCCGUCCACAAUGACGGCUACGACAAUGAAGAUUAUGAUUAUAUCCUCUAUGUCAACGACUGGCUCGGGCCUGACGAUGGCCGCAACAAAUAUCUCAUUCUGGAUGUCCUCGGACAGGGCACGUUUGGCCAGGUCGUCAAGUGCCAGAACAUAAAGACACACGAAAUUGUCGCCGUUAAAGUCGUCAAAAAUAAGCCCGCGUACUUUAACCAGAGUAUGAUGGAGGUGACCAUUCUUGAGCUUCUAAACACGACGUGGGAUCCCAAUGACGAGCACCACAUCCUUCGCAUGCGUGAUCAGUUUAUCCACAAGAACCAUUUAUGUCUUGUGUUUGAGCUCUUAUCAUCCAACCUUUACGACUCAUUAAACAAAAUCAAUUUGGCGGUCUCAGCACCCAACUCGUCAAGGUCUUUACCGCUCAACUCCUUGACGCGCUCACCGUCCUCAACGAAGCAAGACUCAUCCACUGUGACCUCAAACCUGAAAACAUCCUUCUCAUGUCGUAUGUACAUCCACCCGCCAUCCAAUCCAAUCCACACUCACCCCGAUCCCAGGUUACAAUCGCCCCAAAUCAAAGUCAUCGACUUUGGUUCUGCGUGCCACGAACGACAAACGGUGUAUACGUACAUCCAGUCUCGGUUUUAUCGUUCACCAGAAGUCUUGCUUGGCAUGUCGUACACUUCCGCAAUCGACAUGUGGUCCCUUGGCUGUAUCGCAGUCGAACUCUUCUUGGGCCUUCCUCUGUUCCCGGGUACGAGCGAGUACAAUCAAACCACGCGGAUCGUCGAGAUGCUCGGCAUGCCUCCCAUGUACAUGCUCGAAAUGGGCAAACAAACCAACAACUUUUUCGCUUCAUACACGGACGAGUACGGCCGAAAACGGUACCGACUGAAAUCGAUCGAACAAUACUCGCGAGAGAAUAACACAAACGAACAGCCAGGCAAAAAAUAUUUUGCGGCGACGACCUUGCCGGAUAUCAUCAGGAGCGCGGCGGGCAGCGGAAAGGGGAAACUUACCGAGAACGACAAGGAUCCCAACUCGCGAGCGUCCUUUAUCGACUUUGUGUCUGGGCUGUUGAACCUGAACCCCAUCGAGCGAUGGUCUCCGCAGCAGGCUAGGGGGCAUCCAUUUAUUACUGGCGAGCGAUUUGAAAGGCCGUAUAUUCCGGCUGGUACCAACCCGAGAAAUACGCCUGUUACCGGAGCUGCUGUUGCUGUUGCUCCUACCCCCGCUGGCCCGCCGCCCGUCGAUCCUAAACGCCCCUAUGGUGGCUUGGUGCCACAGCAAACCAAGGGCCAGCGCGCGUACCAAGACGCGGCGACGUACAAUGCGCACUUGAACCAGCACCAGGCUUAUACCGCUCAACAAGCUGCCGCGAACCAAAGCGCGAAUCAACAGUUUAGGAACCCGUACGCGAUGGGUCCGCCGUCUCAGCCUCCUGGCCAAAUGGCCCCGCCCAUGUCUACGCAAUCGUCACAUCCCAUGUCCACACAGGGGCAACACCCCAUGUCCGCGCAAGGGCAGCACCCAAUGUCGUCACAGUCCCAGCCACCGCAAUCACAGCCUCCUCCGUCGGUGUAUGUCGACCCUGGUCCAGGGCCCGGUGCGGGAGACUAUGGGCAGCAAUCUAGGCCACCAAUGGUGCAUCAGCAGUCUACCCAGUCUCUUUCGUCGCAAGCCAUGUCUGGGCAGCUUGGGAACGGACAGUACGGUCCUGCUGGAGGCAACCGAGGCGCCCCUCCCCCGAAUCCGCCGUCGACAUCGUACUAUCCGCCCUCACGCACCCGCGCAAACACGAUCAACCAGAUGGAUAUUGUCCCGCCGGCAUUGGCAAGGAUCGCAAGCAACAUUGGUGUCGACGCGUCGGCCCUGAAGCGCAACACUCUCACACCCGUCUUGAACCGAGAAGAAGCGAUGAAAGAAUGGGAGCGCCGCCAGACGGGCAAGCGCUCGCAUCAGCCGUAUCCCCAGCUCGAGUAUCUCCAGCAACAAGCCGAGCUGGCAUCGUCCUGGCAGGGCCAACAACCACAGCAAGGUCGAUUUGGCAUACCGUUUAAUGCUCCGCCGCCGGCUAUGGUGCAUGACAUUCAGGACAAGGGUGGAAUGCGCGGUGGUCCUGCACGAUACGAGCAACAGCCAUAUGUGAGCGGAGUGAAUCGAUACGGACCAAGUGGCGGGGGCAGUCAGGGAGGUGGUGGACAAGGAGGUGGAUACCAACCCAAUAAUGGGUACGAUGCCUAUGAUCGCGGAGACCCGAUGGGAUCGAUGUACGCGCCCCUGCAGCCACCCAGUACUAUGGCCCACCUUCGGCUGGAUCGGGAGGCGGGACAACGAGCCGUGGACCUGCCGCUACAACAACUCCACGACCACUCGUCUCCCAUGGCCGCUCCUUUUCUAUGCGACUGCAACCACAUCGCGGUUCCGGCAGUAAUUGAGGGCAGUACAAUGUUUGUUUGUCGGCAUCUCCUACAGGGGAGCGAGUACCGGACUGAUCCGCACCACAUUCCAUGCGGCUUUAAAUUAGCGGAAGACACCGGGCCCGAGCUCCAGCCCGUGGUGCGUGCGGCCGUGCUGUACCACAAGCCGACGGCGUUCAAGGCGCUACAACUCCCCCGGGGAGCGAAUCCUCUCGAUCUCUAUCGGCCAAAGAAAGAUGCUGCUGCUAGUGACGCACAGACCGAGGUGCCAAUGGAAAUCGACGACGCGCCAGUAGAGGGAACACAAUUUGUCCUGCCGCAACAAAGACCGGUGCCAACUGAUGCGAAAGGCUGGCAGAGGAGGUGCAUGAUAGCCGAGCGACAAUUGCAGGCGUCUGAUGAUGAGCGGAGGCGACUGAAACGACAGAUGGAGGGGAUGAAGCGCGAGCUGUCGGCUCUGGAGGAGCGGAACCGGGCGUUACUCAAAGCCGAAGAAGAAGCGAAAGCUUACAAGACAAGGUACGAAAGCGUGCGAUCGGAAUUGCACGAUCUUCGAAGGUCAAGGCACGCUAGUAUUUUUUCGAGCACUUUACAGCCAAAUCGCUCAGACAGUCCUAAUCUUUGA